AUGAAAGAUGAAACAUACGUUAAACAAUACGAAAAAGAUAUCAGAUAUGCUAUGCUAUCAUGCUUAAGAAAAAGGGAUGAGGAGAAAAUGAAGAAGAGUGUUGAAGAGAUGGUGGAUAAUCUGAAGAGGGUUGCUGAAGAGAUUAAAAUAGAAGCUGUUGAAACAAAGACUGUAAAAAUUGAAGUUGAAAAGGAAGUUGUUAUUGAAAAAAAGCAGAUUGAAGAAGAGGUAAAAGAAGAAGAAAAGAAGGAUGAAAAGACAGAAGCUGGUAAUGUUGGUGAGGGAAUCAGUGCUGAAGAAAAGAAGAAUGACGCUGAGAUGAAGCAGACAGAAGCUGCUGAAAACACCGAAAUGCCAAACAUCGAGGUGCUCACGAAUUCUGAAGAGAGCAGCCUGACACAACAAGAGGAGGAGGCUGCUGCUAGACCCUGUGUCGGUUAA